UUCAAAAAUGGACGUGUCUAUAAACAUUUCCUGAAAAUGGCGAUCUCGUCAGUAGCGUUUCGUAUCUAAGGAGACUAAAAUGGAACAAUUUCAUGCUGACAUGGAGGUGAUAAGCCUCCAGAGUGAUCACAGGUCACCAUGGCAAUGAUAAACAGGUCUACAUGUAGUCUCCUUCAAGACUCCCCCAAUGUAUUCCUACCGCCCACCGUCCACCGCCAUGGGGGCAACUGAAGUUAUCCGACCUAACUCAGGUACCCAACCCCAGGGCCACCGGGGUAGAGUCUCUGGUUCAAGCCCCCUGUCCAGUGCGGGUUCCACCGGCUCCCACCGCAACAAGAAACUCCUGAAGUCUUACCACGACUUCACCAUGCAGCUCUUCAGCUCUGGCCAGGGCUCCGGGGAAAACGAUAGCCUGUUUGUUGCAGCGGUGCGGAGUGGAGACUAUGACAGGGUAGAGAACAUACUGCAGAGAAGAAGCCAUGAGGUGGUCAACAUUGAUGCGAGAGAUAGAGAAACAGGGAACACUGCCCUCAUGUGGGCCGUCCUGACGCGUCACGUCAAGCUCAUCCGGCUCCUCCUCAAGUACGGAGCGGACGUGACCCUGCGGAACGCCGCCACGGAGACGGUCCUGGACCUGACAGAGGAUCCCCAGAUCAGGAAGCUUCUCCUGGACUCGGUCCUGAGGAAGGGUGUCUCUCCAAGGCACCUCCUGCAGGCGGCUUGGCAGGGGAACGUGCUGGUCGUUAGACAGCUAUUGAAUGAAAGUCAGCUCUUGGACAUUAACUGUAGGAAUGCUGAGGGGUUCACACCUCUCUUACUAGUUACUAGAGAUGUGGAGCUAUUUGAAUCAAUUGGAUCAGCUUUAGAGUCAUACAAACCUCUCGCCGUCAUCGAAGAGCUCCUCCGACGUCGAGCCGACCCCAUCGCAACCGACCGGGAGAGCCACACAGCCCUACAUUACGUCUCGUCCGGCAACUCUCAGCUCUCUGACGAGCUCGCCAUCAGGCUCAUGCAGAUCCCUCUGUUGGCCAAUUCUCGUGACGGCCGAUCCGUCGCGCCGAUCCACGUUGCAUCGAAGAGCGGGAGCCUUGACGUGGUGAUUGCGCUUUUAGACCACGGGGUCGAUGUGAACACGAGGGGUUAUGCUGGUUCUACGCCCCUCCAUGUUUCGUCACAAGCUGGCCAAAUUCAGGUUGCCAACACCCUGCUGAACCACGGAGCUGACAUAACUAUUGUAGAUGAUAGCGGUAACACAGCUGUAGACCUGGCUAAGACAAAGAGAAUGAAAUCUGUUUUAAGAGAUGCCUGGAUGGAGAUCACAGACAGCAAGCAUGCCGAGGUGCUGAGUCCCGUCAAGCCCCCGUCUCGCAUGGAGGAUCGUAGCCCCCGCCAAACCAGGGUGCACAGCCUGACAUCAUCGACCUCGCCACCACACGAUGGCCUUGGGAAACGGAUGAUGCAGAAAUUUGCUGAUGCCCAUAAGACACUUCAGGAGGAGGAACAGAUGUUGAAGGACAUCGAAGCCGGGCGCUUCACCCCUGGACUUCAUACAAGGACCCUCAGCCUCCUACGUCUCCCCUCCCGCAACUCUCCCCUCCCCUCCUCCACCAACCGCACCCCUGCCCCUCCCAAGACACCCCGGGUCCUCGACCCCCUCUCAAGCCCCGCCUCCAAGACCAAACACUCUGAAGGUCAAGGGUCGAAGAAGCCGCGCAGGUCGCUGACCUUCUCCGGUCGGGUCAAUAGUGCGUCCAAGGAGCAGAGGUCAAAGGGUCAUAAUAGGCUUGGAAAGACGAAAUCUGAUCCUACCGGUCAACAGCUAAGUGGUGAUGGAUCUCAGAUACCUGUCACUGUGGUUGGCCUGGACCUCGAUGAUAGCCUUAGGGAUGUCAGGUUCCAGCGUAUACUUCCCCCAGGUGUCAGGCAGCCUGAUCGUCACUCAUCCACGCAGAGCGACUCGUCACUUAGCAGACCUAGAGGGGGCCCUUCCACCCAACAUCGUUCGUCGGAUCCGAGCAUCUCGGACGUCGCCAAGGUGUAUCAGACGUUCUGUAACAAAGAUAUAUCGACCAGUCCUGCGUUGGCGCACACUCCUUCUAUACGCACGUCACAACUCCUAAACCUUGAACAAAUGCAUUUGAGGCUGACAACUCCAAGUCCGAACCCUGAAGCUUCAAGUCUAUACCCAACCUCACGCAGUAUCCUUCCCCUCUCACCAGGGAACUUUGGUGACAACCGCCAGCUCCAGGAAACCAUCUUUGAGUUCGAGGAUGAGAACGGUGAGGAUGAGGGCGAGAAGGAUGGCAAGAAUGAGAUGCAAUCCCUGAGACUGAGCUUGGAAGAUGAAGUGGACGAGGAGGAGAGUAGAGGGCAGCAGGGUGUGCUCCAGAAUCGCAGCGUCAUGUUCAACAUUGAAGCCAGCCGCGUGAACCCCCUCAAGGACAGCUCUGACUCUGGUCAGGGAUCGUCCAGGUCGACUGUGAGUCACACCUCCUCCGCAGCGAGCCUCGUCAUGUCGAGCCCAAGCCCGCAACUCGAACUCGAUCGCAAGGAAGUAGCGAAGAACCGCUUGGGGAUCAAGAUGACACCCUCCGCCACCAAUGUUCUGGAUGAAAGGAUCGCUCUGUUUCAGAGGGCGAAGAUGAGGCUUCCCAGCCUAGGUCGGGCCUCUCCGGCCGUCAACCAGUCUCAAGCACAUAGGUCAAAGCGACAAACAAGCGAAGAGUGCUUAUCCGUUCUUUCCAUGUCCUCAAUCAGUGCCGUCAUGUCUUCAGAGGCUGUGGAUUCCAAUGAUACAGCCAAGGAGGAUGGACAGAGGAAAUCUUCAACGAUCGGUGAUGACCUUGAUAAAAACUUACAGGGUUCGCAAAAUAGUUCAAAUCGGCAGGGUGGGAAACGGAAGAUAUCUCUUGAGGACAAUUCCAUGUUGCUUGGUACAAGGAAACAAUCAGCAUCUUCCCCAGAUGAUCAUCCAGUUGGUGCCAGUCAGUCCAGUACUUCGUCACCCUUUUCAGGUGGCAAUGUGACGACAGCUGUAGGAAAGGACAAUGAGCUACUAUCUAGAGACAAUACGGCUGAGAAGACAUCAAAGAGAAACACGGCCCUUGUGACACCGCUAUGUGCCACCAAAGGGAAGGUGACUCCCACAAGCCAUUCCACAAAAUCUUUACCCCAUCAGAAAACGGCACCAAACUUUACUUGUAAGAAGGCACAACUAUCGGGAAACACUGUGAAAAAAAUGGCUGAUAAGACCUUGAAGGCUCAACCUCCAGUACCUGGAACACAACGUGGCGUCCAGGAAGAGAAGAACUCGACCCUUGUUGGUGUCUCAAAACCUGUUAUUCGGACAUUAGAAGUCUUGCCUGUUGCCAAAGUAGAAUCUAAAUCGUCUGGAAGAAAUUCUGAAAAGGACACCCGUAAGGUUGACAAUCGGGAAAGCUCAAAGAUAGAUGAGUCUGUUGUUAAAACAGAAGUGAAAGUUGGAACUCCGAUUGAGAAAUCAUGUACGAGCAGUGGGACUAAAAAGGUCAAAGUAGAGACCAAAAGUGUGAUAGCAAGCAAGGGAAAGAACGCAACAUUGACAAGUAAAGGGAGAAAGGAGAAGAAAGCAUCGGAUCUUGUAAAGCUGGCCCCUAACCUUGCAAAUAAAAAGGCUUGUGUAAAGACAGAUAAACAGACUGUUACUUCGAAACCGCAGAGAGAGCCUGAUGUGAAACCUGAAGGGAAAUGUGCAAUAAGUGUGAGGAAAGGUGCUGCAACUGCUGUUGACACAGUGGGAAGUAAAACCAAGAAUGACCAGGGUAAAGCGAAAACAGGGAAGAAAGAUGCUGAAGAGAAGAAGGUGAUCACUUGGAGAAUAUCAUGCGAUGAUGAUGAUGAUUCGUCCGAAUCGGACUUUGAUAAUGAGGAUCAAAGAUUUGUGGAAGAGAUGCCUGUGACAGCGAGAGAUUGCAAAGGGCAGAAGGAAGGGAGGAAAGGAAGUACGGUUCCUCCUUGCACAAAGACGGAUGACUUUGAGGAGCUUGUAGAGAGUAGUGACGCUGAGGAAGUUUUUGAGGAAGUGGUCUUCAGCGAUGAAGAGGAUACACCUACAGACCUUGGUAAAGCAAGGACAAAGCAGAUCAAGGAUCCGUCUAAGGCAUCGUCAAAGCACCAGAAGACAUCGGUGCCACAGGGAACCAAAGUGGUCUUAGAGAAAUCCUCAGCCAAACCUCGAACAGUCAAGAAACCAACACCUGGUGCCCAACAGCAGAAGAGCGUUGACAGGGAAUCUGUGAAAGGAAAGGGAACCUUUGUAAAGAAGCCUGUGAAGGAGGAUGCGCAUGAGUCGGGCAACAGCAAGGUAGCUUCAAAAGGUGUUCCUGUGAAGAAGAUUAUGACCAGGGAACCUCGACCAACUAAUGAGACAAAUCCAAAAAAGGUGGGAGAGAAGAGCAACUUGACCAUUUCAAAUCGAAAGCCUUCCAAUGGGUCAACAAGUGAGACAGAAGUUACCAAAGUGAAGCCCUCAGUGAGUAGCAAUGUGACUGCUUUGAAGCAAAAGCCUGCUGAGGGUUUGAGAAAUAGUAAAAGUGAAGGGAAGGAGUUAGACAGCAAUGAGAAGGCCAUGCCUAAAGCUGCUUCAAAACAGCUUCAUUUGAAGAAUGCAGCAUCGCCAGCGAAGGUUGAGAACAGUUCUCAAAAUAUAAAUGAAGAAAACAAGCUAGGUGCUACAGAGAAGAGGACUGUUGUUUCAAUAGAUAGUAGUAAGAAAGAUAUUGUAAUCUCAGCUGGAAAUAUAGGGAUAGGUACUAUGUUAGCAAAUUACACCCAAGAAGUCUCUCCAAAGGUAUUAGAUGAGAGUUCAAAGGUCAAUCCUGCAGGCCAGGACUACAUUGACCCUGCGGUGAAGUUAGUAACAUCAGAGCAAAGUGAGGACAUUCAUCUGAACCCGACCAGUCCGAGAGAGCCGAAACCUGGCAACAAUUCUUUCAGGAAAGGGAAGUACAAGUCUCCAGACACCUCACCACGUGACAUGGCCGGGCCAAAGGUCAUUGGGACAGAAAAGAAGACUGUCCGUGAUCCGAUGGCUGCAAAGCAGUCACCAGUGAUCAUGGACAUCGUGGAGAUGUUCAAACAGGCCACUUCUGGUACCUCUCCGGAUGUCAAAAUAGAAGUCUUGGGAAAGAUCAAAGAUCGUGUUGCAAGCGUUAAGGGCCCUGUUAAGAAGCUGGUGAGGAACGUUCCGAAGAAGGUUUCAGGCACUUUGCUAGCGAAAGGAAGCAAAGGAAAGGCAAAGGACAGAGUAGGCAGUGGUGGGAAGAGCAAAGGGAGAGUAGGAAGCGGAGGAAGUAGGGGCGGUGAAGGGUCAAAGGUCAGCAAAAAGACAAAGAAAUCAAGUGUCAGGACAAAGUCAAAGAAGAAAAUGAAGGAUAUUAAUUACAGCUUGGUGCCCGAGUCAGAGCAAAAUACUACUGCCUUCAUCACAGGGCAAGGUUGGAGCAUCAAGACUUCACGCAACGAGAACGAUGAUGUUUACAUCCAGGAAGGUAACCAGGACGAUUCUUCUGAUGAGGAUGUUGGAAAUCUUGGAGAAGUGCAGCUCAGCCCGCACAACUCGUUAAAGUUGGAUGAGCUAGUCGUACUGAGAUCCAUAUCCCUGGAAGAGAAGAAGAACCUGGUGAACAUUUUGAGCCCUCUUGAGAUGAACGCUCCUUUCUUUAUUCCAGACACCAUGGGAACGAUCAAGGAGUUUGCUGACUCUCUCAAAAGCACCUCAUCCUCAGAGAUGAGUGCUGCAAAAUCUGUGUUGAGGGAAAAUCCUUCCAGUUCUCAGGGACAAGACAAUGUGGCUGUAGAUGGAAAUGCAGGAUCAGGGGAAAGGUCUGGGACUCAUGCGGAGCCUGAUCAGAUGGAUCUUGAUCAAGCAAAGGAGAGAGAUCCUCCAGUGCCAGAUGUUCGGGUGAGGAAGAGUAGUUCCCAGAUGGGCGAUGACCUCAAUCACCCUGACCAAGACAGUCGGAGCCUAGGCCUGACUGGAGAGCUGUCAAGCUAUGAAACCAAUCCUGACCUGCUCAAGGUCUUCCGUAUCAGGGAUCACUACGAGACUCCGUCUUCUCAAGGUUCGCGUCGGACUUCUAUGACCUCUAUGACCUCGGACGAGGAACAGGUCCGUGAACAUCUGAGCUUGAUUCUGAACAAACCGGACAGUGGGAGUGAUGCCAAUGAGGAAGCGUCACCAGGACAGAGGAGCCAGCUGAAGGUCAACGUCCUCAAGAAGAAGCCGCCACUUCCUAAAUUACUCCAGCAGCACCAGAUCCAGUCUUCCAAGAGAUCUAGCCCAAGGCGAGCAAGUGAACCAAACUUCCCACCUGCGGAUGCAGACAGUGCAUCCUCUCCUGGAACUCCUGUCAACAAAUCUGCCCAGAAGAGGGAAGAGAACAAGUCCCAAGUGUCUACAAUCAAGAACAGUCUUCCAGAUAAGAAGUUCAGUCCUCCCUCAUCUUCAGUCAAGAAAAGGCGUGGCAAAUCACUUGGAGAUGCACAAUCAGAGCCACCCGUCUUAGAUAAUCGUCCAAGUCCCAGUAGACCUGGCAUUCCGACAAAAUCCCCAAUCUUUGAGGUAGAUGGACACCAGGAUUCAGCAGACGAUGAUUUUGUUGAAGAGGAAGAGCCUCUGACCAGACACGUCCAGACGUUGACAGAGAAGACACUCCAGGAGUUUAAAACCAUCGCACAAUCUCUUGAUUCCACCACGACAUCGGUCAUCCAUACCAGGCCUCCAUCGUCCGUCGGUGGGCAGUCCGUCCAUACCGCCCGAAGCUCGGUGAGGAGCAUGUCUCCUAGUGCUGGGGAUGUCAUCAAUGUCCAAGGGGGUGACCAGGAUGAAAGGGAGUUCUUGAACCAGAGCAUCGCUCUGUCGGAAACAAGCAGUGAGGUCUUCAGGGAUUUCAAUGAUACCGGAGAGAGUGUUCUGAACAGUCACGAUACAUCUUCGAGCAUGAUCAGUAGCACCGAUCGUAGUCUUAGCACUAACACCACGGUGUCAGAGUCUGAGGGUACGGAGCUGCUCCACUGGAAGAAAGGCAAUCUGCUGGGGAAAGGAGCAUUUGGGACGGUAUACUGUGGACUGACGAACACGGGACAGCUAUUGGCCGUGAAGCAGGUUGAGCUGAGUGAGAUAGACAAAGAGAAGGCCAAGCAACAGUAUCUCAAACUACAGGAGGAGGUCCAGCUUCUAAAGACGCUUCGCCACAAGAACAUCGUGGGAUUCCUAGGAGUGUCUCUAGAAGACAAUGUUGUCAACAUCUUCAUGCAGUUCAUCCCCGGUGGUUCCAUCGCAUCCCUCCUGGCAAGAUUUGGAUCGUUGGAUGAAACGGUGUUCUGCCGCUAUACCAAACAGAUCCUUGAAGGCACUCAGUACCUACAUGAGAAUAAUGUCAUACACAGGGACAUCAAGGGAGCGAAUAUAAUGCUGAUGUCGACUGGUGUGAUUAAGCUGAUUGACUUUGGCUGUGCCAAGCGUCUGUGCAUCCAGAUCAGCCGCAGUCAGAACGUGCUCAAGUCAAUGAGGGGGACUCCAUACUGGAUGGCUCCUGAGGUCAUAAUGGAGACUGGUCAUGGGAAGAAAUCAGAUAUAUGGUCUAUUGGGUGUACAGUCUUUGAGAUGGCAACCCGUAAGCCCCCUUGGGCGGACAUGCCUCCCAUGGCGGCCAUUUUUGCUAUCGGCUCUGGGGACCCUGUUCCACAGUUACCUGUCAAGUUCUCAGAAGAUGCGAGGAUGUUUGUCAACGCUUGCCUGACAAGGGAUCAAGAUGAGCGAGCCACCGCCUCUGAACUCCUCAAGCAUCCCUUCAUCAAGAGAAGGAAAGAAAGAGGGAGAGAGCACUACCACCAAACAAGAAUAUCAUCGACGUCCCUUGAAGAUGGACCAAUUGUCUUCAGGGAACAGCCCAUAUCAAGGGAUUCUGCCGAGAGUAAGGGGAGGAAGAACUACGCCCCGCAUGAGUUCCGCUGAUACGACGAUUGCAGGAGGAAGAGUUGCCUGAAAAAUUCACUCUGUGAGUGUUUAUUCUUUGAUCACCUGAAAACGGUCAAGAUUUUUGGAUUCCGCAGCGUCCAAGGGGAGGGAGAACUAUGUUAUACAUGAGUUCCGCUGACAUGACUGUUGCAGCAGAGAGAGUUGCCUGAAAAAUUCACUCUGUGAGAGUUUAUUCUUUUGACCACCUGAGAACGGUCAAGAUUUGUGGAUUCUGCAGCCUCCAAGGGGUGGAAGAACUACGCCCCACAUGAGUUCCGCUGACACGACUAUUACAGCAGGGAGAGUUGUCUGAAAAAUUCACUCCGUCACUCCGUGAGAGGUUUUUCUCUUGAUCACCUGAGAACGGUCAACAUUUUUAGAUUCUGCAGCCUCCAAGAGGAGGAGGAAAUAUGUUACGUAUGAGUUCCGUCGAUGAAACGAUUGUUGCUAAGUGAUUCUCUCCCUGAGAGCUUUGUUCAGAAGCAGCAAUUAAAGUGUUAAGGGCCUCAGUAUCGACCAACGUUUUAAGAACUGCAUCCUUCACGAGUUCCACAGAUUGAGCAAGUGCUGCAGAGAGAAGUGCCUGGAAGAUUUACAUUCAGGCUGAGAGAGGUACAAUUGGGACCAGCGAUGUGUCAGGGAUUUUGCAGCACCUAAGGCUGGAAAGAGCUACGCCCACCAUGAGUUCUGUUGGUACAGUCAUUGCUUCGCAGAGAAGUGCUGGAUACAGCGAGGGUCUUUAUUUUUAGACGGUUCGGCAUCUAGAGACUCUGCAAAAUUAAAAAACAGAGUACACCCUGCAAGUGAUCCGUUGAUGGAGCCAUUGCUGCAGAGAGAAGUGCCUCAAAGAUUCACUCUGUGACAAUUCUCUUUCAGUCAUCUAGGAGCAACUGAGAUUGAGGGACUUUGGUCAAGAUCAAGGGAAAGUAGAACUAUUCCUAACCAUUGUUUUGGACAUAAAGCCAAUACUGCCAAGAGAAAUGCCUGAAAGAUUCAUUUUGUGUGAGUUUAAGUCGGGAGCAUCUGUAGUUUCAAAUUCAGUUGGACCAUUUUGGUUCAAUUGUUGCUUCCCUUCUGCUCACUGUGCACAAUGUUUUCCACUUUAUUGCAAAGAAUUCAUGCCGUGAAAUGAAAGUGACAAACUCAUUCAGACCUACAUGUAUAAAUUAGCCCUAUGGGCUGUACAGUCGGCAAUUGCUCUUUCAAAGCUGGCUUUUUAAUUUGUUAAUUUUUUUAGCCAACUGAAUGCAUUUUUCCCCACUAAUCAUACAUUGCAUAUUGUGUGGCAGCUAGUCAUGAACAAUGUACAUGUAGGACGUUCGCUUACUUGACUAUUUCAAAUGGUUUUUUUAAACUCCUUUUUAUGCCUCCGUUACGAAGUAGCCAGAGGCAUUAUUUUCAUAUGAUUCAAUCAGUAUUUGGAUUGCAACGAUCAUGCCUUUGUGUGAAUUCACUUGCGGUAAUCUCUGGAGUUUCCGUCCAAUCUCUAUGAUGCCUUUGAAUUUCAAUCAACGAUGUCCAUCUGUGUUCUCAAUCGUGCCAAUAAUUUUGAUAAUGUACAAGUGAUUUCAGAUUAGUAAGUGUGAGGCAUUGGUCAUUCAGUGAAAAGCGCUUGUACAAGUACAUGUGUGUCUUUGCUUCUAUUGCCUUGAGUUUCUGUCCAGCUUCUUCGGUGCCUUCAAUCUAAAUCUAACGAUUUAAAACUGUAUUCGCAUUCUUGUAAAACGUUACAAGUAACAUAGUUAUGUCACAUUGAAGAGUAGAUCACAUACUGGGGGUGUUUCACAAAGAUCAAUAAUGGAAAGCCGUUAGCAUCUAUAUGAAAAUAUUUUGUAACAGUUAUUU